AUGGACACGACUUUUACAGCUUUUCGAGCAAUGUUCUACUUACUUUUACCAUCUGAAACAUAUUAUGAACAACUUGCAGAUGUUCCAGAUUAUGUUGUCAAAGUUAUUCAACUUUUCUUUGUUUUACAAGCAUUAGAGCUCGUUACUUCUAUUUAUCGAGGAAAGAAAUUACCACGUUUUAAUGACGUAUUCAGUUCAGUGGCAGCUGGUAUUAUUUCACGUAUACCGCGACUAUUUUUUCGAUCAAUUGAAUUGUCAACAUAUAUAUGGGUAUAUGAAAACGUUCGUAUUUUUCCACGAUUACCGUGGAAUUCACCAAUAACAUAUUGGGUUACAUUUCUUGGAGUAGAUCUUGGAUAUUAUUGGCUUCAUCGUAUGGCACAUGAGGUCAAUCUUUUUUGGGCUUCACAUCAAGCACAUCAUUCAUCGGAAGAUUAUAAUUUAUCAACAGCACUUCGACAAGGUGUUAUGCAAGCGUAUGCUUCAUGGAUAUUUUAUUUGCCACUAGCUUUAUUUGUUCCACCUCCAAUAUUUUUAAUUCAUACACAAAUGAAUUUAUUGUAUCAAUUUUGGAUUCAUACUGAAGCCAUAUCAAAUCUUGGCCCAUUUGAAUAUAUACUAAAUACUCCAAGUCAUCAUCGUGUUCAUCAUGGAAGAAAUCCAUAUUGUAUUGAUAAAAAUUAUGCUGGAGUUUUUAUUAUAUGGGAUCGUUUAUUUGGUACAUUUGCUGCUGAACGUAAAGAUGAACAAAUAGCUUAUGGUCUUAUACAUCCAAUAAAAACAUUUGAUCCAUUAGAAACACAAUUUGUCCAUCUAAAAUAUAUGUUUAAACAAUUUUUACAACGUCAAGGAUGGCAAAAUAAAUUAUCUGUUAUUUGGAAAGGUCCAGGAUGGGCACCAGGUUUACCUCGAUUAGGUAGUGAUAAGUUCCCAAAAGUAAAACAUCCUAUUCGUGUUUAUCAUCCAAAUGUAUCAACAGCAUUAUCAUUAUAUACGUUUAUACAUUUUGCAUAUGUUUUAAUACAAUAUAGUGCAGUACUUAAAUAUUCAAAAAAUUAUUCAGUUGUAGCAUUAUUGCUUUAUUCAAUUAUUUUAAUUUAUACUUUACAAACAUUUGGUGCUAUUUUUGAUCAAAAGAAAAAUGCACUUCAUUAUGAACGAUUUCGACUUAUUUUAAUGUUACUUCUACCCAGAUUAACUUUAAUCAAAUCACUUUUUCUUCUUCAAACACAUCUAAUCAUUCAAAUAGCCAUUGUUUUAUCCAUUUUUGCUACAUUUUUCGUUCCGCAGCUAUAUCUACUAUCAAGUUAUUUAUCAGAUAAUGAUCGAAGACGUCUUCAUUUUAUUGUUGGUGAUACUAUACCAAGACAUUUACGUGAUGAUCCAACACUUGGUGGUACACUUAGUCUUCUUGAAUCACUUUUUGAUCAAGCAAAAAUUAGUGAACAAGAUUUUGAUUAUUUAAUUCGUGCAUUCAAUGAAAAACAUUGUUAUGAAGGUGUUAAACGACUUCAAGAUGUUCUUAUAAUUAGAGAAGGUAUGUUAUAUGGUGAAAGCCUUGGUGGUGAUCAAUUUGAUGAUACAAUUGCUAAUUCAUUGACUUUAAAUGAGAAAUUGAUGAGUCUUAUUGCAACAUGGUCCUUUGAUACACUUAAUUCAAUCACAUUCAUCUAUUCAAAUGAAAAUUUUAUUGGUGUUACUAUUUAUAGAUACUUACGUGAUAUAAUGAAUCCAUAUAGACCAAAUGGGACUGUGAUUAUUGUUGGUUUACGUUUUUUGACAAAUAAAGGUCGACAAAGUGAAUUAUUUGGUUCAUCAAAUGGUACUAAAAAAUGA